UUGGCAACACUAGACAUUUUUUUAGAACUUCUUCACGUGUUUAACUAAAGUAAAUUUUGUAAAUUAAUGAAGCAUGGCAUUAAAGCGUUUAAAAACGAAGAAAUCGAAAAGGAUAACGGGCCGUUUGAAGCAUAAAAUUGAAAAAAAGGUUCGUGAGCACAACAGAAAAGUGCGUCGUGAAGCUAAAAAGAAUCCCAUCAAGAAAGGAAGCAAAAAGCAGAAACUCAUUCAAAUUCCCAACAUUUGUCCAUUCAAAGAGGACAUACUUAAAGAAGUCGAAGAAGCUAAAAAGCGCAAGGAAGAAGAGCGGAAGAGAAAACGGGAGGAAUUUAAAAGGGAGAAAGAACAGCAUAAAUUUAAGAGCUUGGAAGCUUUAGUAAAUAACGCGGAUGAACGAGACACAGUAUAUUCAAUAAUACACGAAAAUGAAACAAAGGAAGGAGAGGAAAAAUAUAAAAAUGUAAGCGACAAAGAGCAAUCCCUAAAGCAGUACUUUAAAGAAUUCAAAAAAGUUUUGGAAAAUGCUGACGUUGUUCUGGAAGUUGUCGAUGCUCGUGAUCCCUUGGGAACUCGCUGUAGUGAAGUGCAACGUGCGGUAAGGGCGGCUCCUGGUAAUAAGAGAUUGGUGCUGAUUCUUAAUAAAGCUGAUCUAGUACCGAAGGAGAAUCUGAGCAAUUGGUUAAAGUAUUUUAGACGGCUCGGUCCAGUUACAGCGUUUAAGGCUUCAACUCAAGAUCAAAACUCGAAAUUAGGGCGCCGUAAGUUCAAACAAAUGUGCACUGACAAAGCUAUGCAGGGUUCAAUAUGCCUGGGAGCUGAGCUGCUUAUGUCCAUGCUGGGUAAUUAUUGUCGGAAUAAGGGUAUUAAAACUUCCAUAAAAGUGGGUGUGGUUGGGAUACCUAACGUAGGCAAAAGUUCAAUUAUCAACUCUUUGAUUCGGGGAAAAUCUUGCUCCGUUGGAUCUACACCGGGUAUAACAAGAGCUAUGCAGGAAGUAGCGCUGGACUCGAAAAUCACUCUUAUCGAUUGCCCUGGAAUCGUGUUUACUAACAAUCUUAAAAGUGAGAACGUACCGGCUGUAUUGAAGAACGCUCAACGUGUAGGUGAUGUAAAAGAUCCCUUCACUGCAGCCGAAAGUAUUUUGAAACGGGCCAGCAAGGAAUUUUUUUGCAAAUUAUAUGAUAUCACUGAAUAUGAAACUUUUGAAGAAUUUUUUGCGAAAAAAGCUGUGCGCAUGGGGAAACUCAUGAAAAAGGGGGUACCUGAUGUGUUGGCCGCAGCGCGUAGUAUUUUGAAUGAUUGGAACACCGGAAAAAUUAAAUAUUGCACUGAGCCACCUGAGGAGAAAUUCGAUGAUCCACACGUCAGUGCAGCUAUUGUUCACGAAGAUGCUCUUGUAUUUAACGUUGACGGUUUUGAAGCUAUGGAAACUGAGAUUCUUAAUAAAUUCGACGUGAAAGAGCAAGAUGUCAUGAAAGUCGAUAGUACUGGACCAGUUGAAAGCAAAAUCCGCGAAUGUGGCGUAGAAGAUGAUAAGGAAGAAUAUAACGCCGUUAUUAAUGAAACGAACGUAUCAAAUAAGAGACGGAAAAGUAAUUUAGAAGAAAACGUGGCAACUCAACAACAAGAAUCCACAAAGAAUUUGGAGGGUAAUCAAACCUUGAAUAAAAGUAUGAAGCAACAAAUGAAGAAACGCAAAAAACAAAGCGCUCGUAACGAAAAGAAAGUGAACAAUAUAGCUCAAGUACUAGAUGGCUUCACCUUAAAUGCUUCGAAUGAUGAAAAGUACGAUUUUGAUACAGAUUACGUGAUUGAAUAAAGGACUUUUAGCGGAUUUUAUAAAUUCUUGAGAACAUACACAUGGCUUUACUAGAAAUAUACAUGACCUCAUAGAACAAAUGCGUAUUUAUUUUAAGGUUUUUAGCGAAUGUUAUAAAUUUUUUUAUAAGUAAGGAAGUGGCCAAGUUUUUAA